AUGCAAGCUAUUCUUGCGCUAGGGGACCCCAAGAAAGCGAUGAUGGAUUUUGAUGAGCGGGUUUCUUGUGGCUCUAAUCUUUAUUUGCCUAGCUGUACCUAUUAUGUCUCGGGUCCGGAUUUCUCCAGCCUGCCUUCUUUUUUACCCCAAACACCGGCUUCUCGUCCCAUGACAUACUCUUACUCGUCUAAUAUCCCCCAGGUUCAACCUGUGCGAGAAGUUACCUUCAGAGACUAUGCCAUCGAUCCUUCCAAUAAGUGGCAUCACAGAAGCAAUCUCCCCCAUUGCUAUUCCGCAGAGGAGCUGAUGCACAGAGAAUGUCUGCCUGCCAGCACCAUGGGCGAGAUGUUAAUGAAAAAUAGCGCCAGCGUUUACCACCCCAGUUCCAACGCGUCUUCCAGCUUCUACAACCCGGUGGGUAGGAACGGUGUUCUGCCGCAAGGAUUUGAUCAGUUCUUCGAGACUGCCUACGGUUCUAGUGAGAAUCAGCAGUCGGAGUAUUGCGGGGAGAAGAGCCCAGGUAAAGUGCCGUCUGCGGCAACUUCAAGUUCGGAGACUUCCAGAGUGUCGGUGGAGAAGGAGACGAGUCCCGGGAGUAGCAGCCCGGAAUCUUCUUCCGGCAACAAUGAGGAAAAAAGCAGCAACUCUAGUGGCCAGCGUACACGUAAAAAAAGAUGCCCCUAUACCAAGUACCAGAUCAGGGAGCUGGAGAGAGAAUUUUUUUUCAGUGUCUACAUCAACAAGGAGAAGCGCCUACAACUUUCCCGGAUGCUCAACUUAACCGACCGGCAAGUUAAAAUUUGGUUUCAGAACAGGAGGAUGAAGGAAAAGAAGUUAAACAGGGACCGUCUUCAAUAUUACACUACGAAUCCAUUGCUCUGA